CCCGGCCCUGCCCCGCUGCGCUGCCGGCGGGAGGCUGGGCCGCGCCGGGCCGCCGGGCUGUCCCCAGACGGGAUGCGGCGGCGCACGCCAUGAACUGGCGGUCUGGCUCCCGCGGCGUGGUCCUCACCGCCUACCACCCCAGCGGCGGCGGCGGCGGCGCCCCCGGCGGCCGUCGGACUGGCCAGUAUACAAUGAACCAUGACCAUUCCAAGAAGACGCCUGAUGGAGCAUCGUUUGAUCGUUCAGGAUCCCAGGACUCUUUGGAUGAACUGUCUAUGGAUGACUACUGGAAAGAACUUGAAAACAUCCAUGAAACCGGAGGAAAUAAUCAUGAGGAACGAGUAGCACUUGUACUGAAAGAGCCAGAUGAAGGGGAACUGGAAGAAGAAUGGCUGAAGGAGGCAGGUCUAUCAAAUCUGUUUGGUGAAAGCUCUGGUGACUCCCUGGAAAGUGUGGUAUUUCUGUCCACACUGACCCGAACCCAGAAGGCCGCAGUAGAAAAGCGAGUAGAAACUGUCACGCAAACCAUGAGAAAAAAAAACAAACAGCAUCAAAUUCCUGAUGUCAGAGAUAUCUUCAGGCUACAAAAUGACUCAAAGGGAAAAAUCUGUGAUGGAAGUGAAUCCUCAACUGUGAGAACAAGUGAAAACAAAAAUGAAACACAAGAUGAAACAAAAGGUCCAAAGUUCAGUCUUCAAACGGAUGAGCAGAAGAGCCCUCUUAAAGACAUGCCAUUUCCAGACACUGACAUCAAUUUGGAGAUAUCAUUUUCAGAACAGGCAGCUAAUCUCAAAGACAGCUCAGUAGGCAAAAUGUGCAAAGGUGGAGGGGGUGACACUCUUCUCCCGAACUUCAGGCUGCCGAAGGACAAAACAGGUACCACAAAGAUCGGUGACCUGGCCCAUCAGGACAUGAAGAAUGUCUAUUCUUUAGCACUGAUUGAAUUAACUGCUCUCUAUGACGUACUUGGGAUUGAGUUCAAGCAGCAAAAAGCUGUAAAAAUAAAAAACAAAGACUCUGGCUUGUUUGGUGUCCCACUUUCAGUUUUACUGGAACAGGAUCAGAAGAAGGUGCCAGGAACCAAGAUCCCACUGCUUUUUCAAAAGUUGAUUGCCCAGAUAGAAGAGGCAACUCUGGAAACAGAAGGACUUCUUAGAAUACCUGGAGUCGCAACAAGAAUAAAGAGUCUUUGCCAAGAACUGGAAGCAAAAUUUUAUGAAGGGACUUUCAACUGGGAAAAUGUAAAGCAACAUGAUGCAGCAAGUCUUUUAAAACUCUUCAUCCGUGAACUGCCUCAGCCACUCCUCACUGUAGAAUAUCUCAAAGCUUUCCAAGAUGUGCAGAAUCUUCCAACGAAGAAACAUCAACUUCAAGCUUUGAAUCUUUUGGUUCUCCUUCUACCUGAAGCAAACAGAGACACUCUGAAGGUACUGCUUGAAUUUCUCCAAAGGGUAAUUGAUCAUCGAGACAAAAAUAAAAUGACACUGAAGAACGUUGCGAUGGUGAUGGCCCCAAACCUUUUCACCUUUCAUGGAUUUGGCUCAAAGACUAUUGAACAAAGCGAGUUUGUUAUGGCAGCUGGAACAGCAAAUGUCAUGCGCUUUAUGAUUCAGUACCAAAAACUUCUCUGGACAAUUCCUAAGUUUAUUGUCAACCAAAUAAGAAAACAAAACACUGAAAGCCAGAAGAAGGAGAAAAAGGACAAAGCUAUGAAGAAACUUCUGAAAAAGAUGGCAUAUGACCGGGAAAAACAUGAGAAACAAGAGAAGACCCCUAAUGAUGCUGAUGUUCCUCAGGGAGUGAUACGGGUACAAGCGCCUCAUCUUUCCAAAGUUUCCAUGGCAAUCCAGCUGACAGAAGAACUGAAAGCUGGUGAUAUAGUAGCCAGGUUUCUCAGCCAGAAAAGUGGAAAUGUCCAAACUCUCAAGAAAGAAGUCUUUUUAUAUGAAAUAGGAGGAAAUAUCGGAGAACGCUGCCUUGAUAAGGAUACCUACAUGAAGGACCUAUACCAGCUCAACCCAAAUGCUGAGUGGGUUAUAAAAUCUAAGCAGAGCUAAGCUCACAACUAACAGCAAAAGAACAACCUGUGGACUUUAUUUGUAAGGCUGAAUGUUUCAAAGGGAUAGUCUGUCCUUAUUCAGUUUAAAAAAAAAAAAAAAAAAAAAAAAAGUUAGGGAAACCCAAAUGUGAUUAUCAGUAAAUUGUCAGUUUUAGUCACAGUAAAGUUUUGAAGAUAGCACGGUUUUCCCACUCAUAUUUGAAAUGAGAAUAAGUACCUUAAAUAUUUUAAUGGCACUAAUCUACCUCCCAUCUGGUAGGUCUUGUUUCAAAAGAAUUUAUUUUUCAAACAGAUGUUUAACCUCUUUUGUAUUAGAGAUCUGCAAUCUGUUGGUGUAGAAUUUUGUGUUCAUACAGGUCUUUACACUGCUAGUAUACUGGAGAAAAAAAUGCUGAUCAGCACUUCUGAAUGGUACAGUAUUAAAAAUGCCUAAAACCAGUCAUAUGAAUUUCCCAAAUAAGGGUGAAAUUCACAGGAAAAAACUGCAAUGCAAUAUAUUUUGUCUUUGGAAGUCCUACUUUUGUUCACUUUCUAGGUAAAGUUUGGUGAAAACUAUUGAAAAACAACUGUGAAAAUGCUUUCUAUGCAGCUUUUUUUUUUUUUUUUAAUUCUUAUUCUGGUUGAUUGUAUUCUUGAGAGUAUUUAAAGAAAACAAAACAAGACCAAAAAAACCCAAAACCCAUGAAAAAAAAAAAGGACCAUGUGACAAGGUGAGUAAUUUUUAAAGCUUACCACUCUUGGCAGUGUUCUUUCUGGAAUAUUGUCAUGCACAAAAAAACCUUUAGUUUUUUCAGCAAUGAUAAACAGCUGUGUUACAUAGACUGGUUUCAGGGGUUUUUGACAUCUGAUAGAGUGCAUUCUGUGAACUGCCAAAACCUGCCAAUUGCUAGCAUGAUUAAAACCUUCAGGAAGAAUAAAAUUACUGUGGAGGGGAAACUGUUGUCUAAAUUUCAUAGGUAGCAAAUUACCAAACUUUUCACUCAAAAUUGGUGUAAAGAUCUACUGUGGAGUUCACGUAAGCUUUUUGGAUAUUAUCUACCAUCAGCUGGUCUAUCCUGGACGAGGCUAGAAAUCAAGCUCUGAUUUCUCUUAAGCUGAUAGGCACUGUCUAAUCCAAUUUAAAAAAAUUAAUAGUCCAGUGGUGAACUAUUGAAGAUCCUUCUCUUUGCAGGGAAGGACUGAAAGCUCCCCAUGGAAUUCACUGAUAAUGAAUGAUAGACUGACGUGGCUUGUUGCAGCACAAAGAGCUGUGGACUGUAGCUCCAGAGCCCCAGUCCCACAGCAACACUUUGGGUUCACUAACUUGUGUACCACUUUACAAUUUCUUUGUAAACUAGCUCAGCCCAUGUCUAAGGGCUCACACCUGUGUGCUGAGUACCUGAAAUAACUACUGUGAAAUUAUAUCCUUGGAAUGAAAUGCUUUCUUUCAGUGCACACUGGGAAUUACAUUGACCUCACAGGGAAUAUUCUACAUACAAUCAAGAAGCAAAUUACUACUUUUUUUACAUGAUCAAAGCUGAUUAAAGGAAUAAAGGGCCUUUCUGCUGAGCUUUGCAUACAGGCCCUGACUGUGUUGUUCCCAAAGUAAUCACUGGAACUCUCCAUUUUAUAUCUAAGCAGUGAAACUGAACUCUGAAAGGUCACAGAAAAAGUCAGCAUCUACUGCUUAGUUAUCCACAGCAUAUGAACAAUUUUGAGGGCAUUUUCUUACAGUCAAAGGCUGUCUUCAUAUGGAAAGGAAGCACUGAAGGGUUCUCAAAUGCAGGAUGAAUAACCUAGGAAAUUGUUUUAAUGUGACUGUACUGCCCUUGAAGAUCCAUCUAGUUGGGCACCCCAACAUGGUGUGGCCACUGUGGGGGAACCCUGUAAGAUAAAUCACUUUUGUCAGUAGAACAAACCACACUCCCUGUUCUUUAAAGGUAAGGAGUAGAGAAGAAAACCAGUACAAUGCUUGGGUAUAUACUUAUGAAUCUAAUGUAAUAAAUAUAAAGGGGUUUUGUUAUGUAAGACAAAAAUAACGUCUGUUUUCAUAAUACAUUAUAGUUCUGUAAAAAAUUACUUGUUACUGGAACUCUAGAUGAUAUUUUAAUCAGGAGCAAAGUUCAGAUGAUAGGAACAGCUGUACAGUUUCAGUAUGAAAUUACAACUGCCCUGUGGCUAUGAUCUCUUAAAUAACUUUGUUUCUGGUUUAGUGCCAUUCUCUUUUUUUAAUUUAAAAAGCUCUUUUGUAAUUAAACGGUUUUUUUCUGA